AUGUUUUCCCACUCGGAUUAUAAAUAUCCUUACGAACCUCCAUUAUCUCCAACAAUUAGAAUUGAACGACCUUUUUGGGUGCCUUGCUAUAAAGAAUAUAAUGGUCGUCCAGAAUGGUGGGCAGAACUUGGAUAUAAAGACGAAAUGUUGAGAAGGGGAAUGUCCCGUGGAAUUCGUUAUGAUCAUCGCGAACGGGAUAAUUAUUGGUAUGAUCCAAAAGUCCCUGAUGGAACUUCGGUUGUUGGACCUUUUGGGCUUGAUACGCAAUAUCAUAGAAAUUUGACUAAAAAGGGGGAUCAACCAAUGACGUUUGAUGAGCAUCAAAAGAAGGUUACUGAAAGCUCUAGUCAAUACAAAAAUAUCAUAAACAAUUUUGACAUAAGCCCUGAACAUCCUGGAUUUGCCCUUUCUCCACUUUUGGAUAAAUAUAAGGAAGAAUAUCGAACACUCGGAACUCAUUUUAAAAUGCACAAUUUUAUGCAAACACAUAGAGGUCCGAGGUUUUGGGAUAAACCAAUGAAUGAAGGUUGUAUUGAGAAGGGACUUGCGCUUGUUAAAUAUAUUGCUGUUGCAUGUGUGUUUAAUUUUUUAUUUUGGAUUAGGGACCUUUGUAUUAUAGGGGUGCUAGUUGAACUCUUUUUAGCUUGAGUUUGGGACCCACAAGACCAUUUCCGACUU